AUGGCGGCCUUCCUCCCCAUCGCCGUCCUCAUCUCCCUCCUCGCCGCCGGCGCCACCGCUGACGGCUACGGCAGCAGCCCCAGCCCCUCGACACCGCCACCCCACACCCCGCCGCCCGCGCCCUGCGCGAAGCGGGGGUCGCCGAGCCUCGACGGCGCGGCGGCGCUGCCGGGCGCUAGGGUGACGGUCACCUGCCGCGACAGGAAGAACCGCGUCAUGGCGUGGCGGUCCCCCGCCGCCGACUACAACGGCUACUUCCUCGCGGAGUUCGGCGUCGAGCGCGCCGGCGACUUCUUCGGCAAGGACCCCCGCGAGGCCUGCUUCGUGCGCCUGCUCUCGUCGCCGGACGCCAAGUGCAACGUCGUCACCAACAUCAACGGCGGCAUGGGCGGCGCGAGCCUCCGCGACGAGGGCAAGCGCUGGACCGACGGCCGCGGCAUCGAGAACGUCGUGUACGCCGCCGGCCCGCUCGCGUUCAGGCCGGAGAUGUGCGCGCCCACGCGCCACUACUGA